UUGAGAGAUGCGGCAGGUAUUUUUUUACCCACUUUGAGCUCAGUCCUAAAUCUACUGGCUACAGUUACACACUCCGUAUGCAAAACACGUUUAUAUAUUAUACUUAUAAUUUCUUUGACAUUAAUAAGAUAUAAGUUACGAGAAUCGAACUGGGAAAGGGUAGGGGAACUUUCUUUAACGUAAUCCUUUAUCUACGGAAUCUGCAUUAUUUUCUCUGGACGUGUGAUUGCGGCGACGCCUAAUAUAAGUGAAAUUUUCAAUUGAAACGUACAAAAUGGAGCCUAAACCAAAAAGUGAACAUUUAUUAGCAUUGAAAGUAAUGAGGCUUACAAGACCAACGCUUGCAAGCCCAGUAGUUGUUACAUGUGAUUCCACUGAUUUGCCUGGCAAUACUCUCAACGUUGACUUGAAAAAUGAUUGCACUGCUCUACAAGGGAUGGAAACUGUGGCAAUCGGUCAAUUUAUGGUCCUGCCACAGAGCUUUGGUAAUAUCUAUCUGGGAGAAAUUUUUUCAAGUUAUUUGUGCGUUCACAAUGGAAGUAAUCAAGGGGUGAAGGACGUGCUUGUCAAGGCUGAUUUACAAACAAACACUCAAACCAUUCCAUUAUCCGGUCAAAAUUCCCAAGCUAAAGAAUUAGCAUCAAAUGGCACAAUCGACGAAGUUAUUCACCAUGAAGUCAAAGAAACUGGAACUCAUAUAUUGGUGUGUGAAGUUACAUACACACCAUUAACUUUUGGUGCACAGCCUAUGUCUUUCAGAAAAUUCUUCAAAUUUCAAGUAGUAAAACCAUUAGAUGUAAAAACAAAGUUUUACAAUGCAGAAAAUGAUGAGGUGUAUGUUGAAGCACAAAUUCAAAAUUUAACUGCUGGACCCAUUUGCUUAGAAAAAGUAGCAUUAGAAUCUUCACAUUUAUUUACAGUUUCUAUUCUUGACACUAAUGAUGAUAACGAGUCGAUAUACGGAAAAGUAAAUCUGCUAGAUUCUGGACACAGUCGUCAAUAUUUAUAUUGUUUAAGGCCUCAACUAAGUUUAGCAAGAGAUCCAAAAAUGAUGCACAAUGCCACAAAUAUCGGUAAACUAGAUAUUGUGUGGAGAAGUAACUUGGGAGAAAGAGGCCGUCUUCAAACUAGUCAAUUACAAAGAAUGGCACCAGAUUAUGGGGAUCUUCGAGUUAGUAUAAAGAAUAUACCUGACAAAGUAUAUCUUGAAAAACCAAUAGAUUUUAAAAUUCACAUAAUAAAUACCUCCGAACGGCAAAUGGAUUUACUGCUAGGUUUACAAUCAAAUGCAUCGAUAGCAUGGAGUGGAAUCUCGGAUAAAAUGAUUGGAACUCUCAAACCAGGAGAAUCUACAUACAUUCCACUUUGCAUGAUUCCAUUAGAAUCAGGUCUCAUAGCUGUUUCAAGUCUCAAAUUAACUGACACAUUUCUCAAAAGAGUCUAUGAUUAUGAUGACUUGGCUCAAAUUUUUGUUAAUCAUUUGGAUUAAGAAAUAUGUUUGCAGUUGUAUCGAAAAAUAUAAGAAUUAUAUUUUAAAAAAUUUAUUUUUAUUAUGAAAUAUUUGUA